CCCGCUGCGUGUCCCGCCCCCCGGGAAACGGGCGGGGUGGCUGGAGGGGCGGUCACACGUGCAGGUGCCAGGCGCCAUGCACGAGUGUACAGAGAGCGAGAGCCCAGGCCCCCGGCUGGGUGAGAUCCCUCCUGGGGAGACGUGGCUGCUGCGCUGCAGCCCGUGGCAGCUGUGCGCCUUCCCUUCGCAGCAGGAGCUGGAGGAGCAGGGCCCAGGAGGUCUGCAGGCAGGGGCUGAGGGUGCAGAAGUCCCUCGUGUCGUCCAGAUCAGAGCUGGUCCAGCACAAAGAGAUUUGGGGCAGGACACGAUGCAGGCCACGCAGCCCCCUUGUGAGGCCAAGCUGCUCUCCAUGACCCCACAGCUGGCACUGCAGGAUGAGCUCCCCACCCCAGAGCCCUGGCGCCAGCUCUUCCGCGGCCUCCGCUACCGGGAAGCCGAAAGCCCAAGGAAGAUUUGCAGCCUCCUGUGGGAGCUCGGCGGGCGCGGGCAGAACCCCCAGAGCCGCAGCAAGGAGCAGAUCCUGGAGCUGGUGGUGCUGGAACAGUUGCUGGCCGUCCUGCCCCAGGACAUGCAGAGCUGGGGGUGCGGGGGCCGCAUGGCGACCUGCGCUCAGGCCAUGGCCCUGGCCGAGGGGUUUCAGCUGGUACAGGUGGAGGACGAGAAGCUCCAGGUCACAGUGCAUGUGAAGGUCGAGGAGGUGUCCUCAGACAAGAUGCAGCCCACUGGGACCCUGCUGGAGCCUGGUGAUUCCUGGGUGCAGCAGCCAAAGGCUCAUUGUGAGGACAGGCCUCUGGCGGAGGCAGGAGAGAGAGAAACCCCAGGGCCUGAGGAUGAGGAGCCUCCACUUAACCUGGAGCCAGGUGCUGGGACCCUGAGCAGAGCAGAUCAGCAGCCUCCCAAGGAAGGGUCUGUCAGCCUGGAGCUGCAGAGACCCUCUGCAGGGAAACGGGGACAGAGCAGCUCCCUGACAUCUGGGCCAGGCCAGCUGCAGAAGGGGCAGGGCAGGCCUGCAAAGCAGGGGGAGAGCAUGGAGCUCCGGGAGGUGUUUGAGGACGUGGCAGUGUAUUUCACAUGGGAGGAGUGGGAGCUGCUGGAAGAGGAAGACAAGGAGCUUUACCGGGACCAGAUGCUGAAGAACUACCAAGCCCUCAUUUUCCUAGGAUAUCAAGGUCCCACACCUGACUUACUCUGCCGCAUCCAGUCAGGACAGGUGCAGCUCUGGGUGUGUGAUGAUGAGGACUCUGGGGAAAUCUUGAGGUCGGAGGACCUGCUGCCAGGUGAGUUGUGGCUGUUCCCUCCACCCAACUCCCCUCUCACAGAUGCUGCAUGCCCAGGGUGAAAGGGAGCCUGGACACUUCAGACCUGCUCUGUGCUGACAUUUCAGGGUGCUGACCUCAAAUCGCUUAUGUUGUCGUGUGUGCAGACAGGUGUUGUUCCACUCCCUAAAAUCCAAACUGUGGAAACUGUUACCAACAGGAUUCUUUUUGUCAAAGACCCCCAAGGGUUGACAUGGCCCCUUGCUGAUUUAACAUUAAGGAAACUUUAAUAAUUAUUACAAGUGUCCUUCCUGUAC